GGCCAUUUUCAGGCCAUUUUUCGGGCCGUUUCAGGCUGUUUUUUGGGCUGUUUUCAGGCCAUUUUCCAGGUAAAUUUCAGGCCACUUUUGGGUCUGUUUUGGGGCCAAAAUCGGCCUGAAAACAGCCCCCAAAAUAGGCCAUUUUUCAGGCCCUUUUCUGACCAUUUUCUGGGUUAUUUCAGCCCAUUUUGGGGCCGUUUUCAGGUCAAAAACAGGCGAGAAAACGGCCUGGAAAAUGGGCUGAAAACAGCCCCAAAACAGGCAUGCACACAUUAGCCAGCUGGUUUUCAGUGUUCUGGUGUGCGCCGGCCAGCUAGUUUCUGGUGCGUGCGAAGAGCAGCUGGCUGGCGUGAUUGCACGUGCCGGAAAUCUGAAGAUCAGCUGGCCGGCACGCACACCUGCCAGCUGGUCUUUGGGUUUUGGGUGCUCCGAUGCGCAGGCAUGCACAUUCCAGUUUGGGCACGGUGCCAAAAAGGUUUGCCAUCACUGGUCUAGGCAGUAUAGAAUCAUAGCCACCUAAUUCAAAAUGCUCUGAAUCAAAUUGUGAUAACAGAUACUACUGACAGAAUAAUAAUCUAUAGCAUAUUUGGAAGUACAGCUAUAUAAGGCUUACUUUAUAUAGGCAAGGAAUUGUAUUUUUGAAAUUGAUCAUUACUUGAGUUUAAAACCAAACACAGUUAUAGACCUAAGUGAAAGAAAUGGCAGUUGGCAGCAAGAAAAUAUAUUAAAUGAUAUAGAUUUUGAUUUUCUACAGAAGAGGUUAACUCAGUAUUUUAAAUUACUGUGAUAUAAAUACACAAAUAUUUUAGGGAAAUAACAUUCUUUCUAUACUAACUUUUGUUUCUCUUGUGAGUUUGGAUAGUUCUGUUCAGUGAAACUUUUUUUUAAUCAAUGUUAAUUAUUUUAAAGAGAUUUUGUAAUUUUAAAUCUUGCCCUUCCUCUCUAUCCACACCUACCCUACCCUUGUUCUUCCCCUCCUUUAAAGUAAUAAUAUGCUGAUUACUUCAGAAUAUUAUUUAAUAUUCUGAUUAUUUCAAUCAUUGGAGUAAUUCUCUUUGAUGCAAUUCCAAACAAAAACCCAAGAUUAAAAUCUCUCACAUAGUUUGGCUAUAACGUCAAUCAAGAGACUAUAUCGAGAUAGAUUGAUUGAUAGAUAACGUGCUAAAAUAGGCAGAAUGAACAGGUAUACUUACUGCCUUGAGUGAUAUAUAAAAAAGGAUACAAAAAUCUGUAUAGUGGAAAUUACAGUACCUGGAGAGAGUAGAAGAGAAAGAACUGGGAGGGGGGGAUCACAAAAUAUAAAGACCUGCAAAUAGAAGUAGAAUGACUGGCAAAAGAAAGCAAAGAUAGUACCAAUAGUGAUAGGCUCCUUUGGGUACAAUUCCAAAACAUGUGAAGCACCACAUGAACACCAUUAGGAUUGGCAAAAUCACCAUCAGUCAAUUUCAAAAGGCAGCUUUUUUGGGAACUGCUUACAUCUUGCGAUGAUACCUUUGAUAUUAUUAAACAAGAUUUGCCUAUAGCAGAUCCUUGGAAAAGACUCAAUAGGUAGAUAAAAAUGCCAAAUCCAGUCUAAACAUCUGGCUGACUAUGCAACCAACAUAAUAAUGUAAUUGUCAACUCUUAGCAACUGCAAGCAUUUUGUGUGAACAUGUGUGUUCAUGUCAUGCACAUUCUUUUAUUAUUUUAUAAUGCAGGAUUUCUAUAACUUGGGUUUAGUCAAAGUAUAAAACACAUCAAAAAUAAGCCAAGCAUAAGCCAUUACAUUGGUUCUGCUAUAAUCAGAAGCCAUGACUAAAAUAAGCAACAAUUUGUGGUAAACAAGGAAUUAUAAAAAAAUGUUUGUUGUCUCCAAAUAAACCACUGUUUAUAAAGAUCUUCCCCUCAAAACCCAACUACAUAUUAUUAUAGCAUAGCGUACGGGCCACAAGCUGCAUUUUAAACAUAAUGUCCCCAAUGACCACAGAAAUGGUAUCUGGUAAUAUAAUUGUAUCAGAACAGGUGAAGCUGGAAUAUUUGGCUUCUGUGGUUUCUUUAUAGUGGGCUUUGAAACAUGACACAGGUGGGUGCCUUAAUCUUAAAGCACAACAUCUCCAGAUGGAAACUUCACAGUAGGAUACCACUUGGCACAAUGACCCUUUUUUCUCAAGCAAUUAGGUAAAAAUUUUAGUCCACUGAAUGGAAAUUUUCCACUUCAUUGAGCUCUUCACAUAUACAAAUGACCAAAGAUUCAUCUCAAUUUUGUGACAUUUUUUUCUACGACAAGUUCAAGAACCUCUCACCAUCAUUCAUUGUUAACUUUUUAGAGUGGAGAAUGCAUGAAAGCUUUUGAAAUUCUGCUCAAUUGUUGUACAAUAUACGAUAUCCUAUUAUGAAAUUGUUAGCUUUUACCUAUAACAGACAAUAUCACCUAAGGCCAAGUGUAUUCAUGAGAGAAUUGAUACAAAAUUCUGACACAGCAUUGCUAAAAUAUAUUCACAGAACCAUUAUAUCCAUUAUGGGUUGAUAGGUGUGCGUGAGUCAUUACUUUGUACCAUGUAGCAAAUGGGAAGAGUUUUUAACAUCGUUUAAAAUCCUGCACUGAUCCAAGAUGGUUAUAUGUGUAUUUUACUUUAGAGAAGGGUUGUAAUCUAGGAAAGCCUUUUUUGCACUUCAGGACGCAAGAAAAGCAACUCCUCAACAUAUCUCAUCUCUGGUAAGAUGGUACAGUCAAAGCUGCCAUUUAUCCAAUGUAAAACUUCGGACAAAACCAGGAGGAUGAGAAGGAUGGUAAUGAUUUAUUAUUGAGCUCAACCUGUACUAAAUCUUAAUCCGGAAUAUCUGUGGUUUCUCCGCCUGAAUCAAAUGAGUGAAGGCAAAACGGAUUUUAAAAAACCCAAAACACUAUUACCGAAGAAUGACCUUAAAAGGAAAUGAUGAAAAGCAUAGGGACUUCUACCUCCAAGAACUCUUCCCGCGCCGGUGUGAAAAGGAAUCUAAUGCAAAAUAUUUUGUGUCCUUGUUACCCGAUGUAGGGUCUGCUGCUUGGGUGGGAGAGUUGGACUAGAUGACCUCCAAGGUCCCUUCCAACUCUGAUAAUCUGACACAUUCGGGGUGUCAACUGGGAAAUCGCACCUCCAGCAGGUGAUGGAGCUUCUGGUCUCGCCGUUCUCCUGAAAUCGAGAGGGAAAGGAAAAGUUUCGGGGCGGCACGACGGUAUUGCCCGGAGCUACGGGCACGGCAGGGAAGGAUCGCCCCGCCCCACACACGAAGGUGAGGAAGAACUGCGCGCGGCGACGCAGGUAGCUCGGAGUUAAUCAUUGUCCCGCAGGCAGGAGUUGCUUCGCUUUGCUCUUCUGGCAGCCCCUCCUUGCGGCUCGGAGUCUCCACCUCCUCGGAGCGUUGGGUGACCCGCCUGCUUUUUUCCCCCUUUCCCCUUCCUUUCUUCCCAGCUAACGAUCUUCGGUGGAGAGAGCUUCCUGCCUGGCGGAUCGGUCUAACUUCAGCCCGGGCUUUCGGCGCGCGAUCUGGUGACCUGGUCGCUCUGCCGCAUUUGGGGAAAUCGGAAAACUCCAGGUUCUUGGAUGCCCCAUAUCCUGGCAGAGAUGAGGGAGUCGCAAUCUCUACUGUCCUGAGCAUGAGUGUCUCAGAAUAUUCAAUGAGGCAGUUGCCUGAAACGUUAAUCAAUGCUCCCCAUAUUUUGGAUGACUGGAAGAACAUGGCGCAAACUCCUUCGGAUGCUUCUGUGCUCCUGAAGACUGGAGUGCUGAACAAUGCCAACAACAAUGCCUCCUCAGGGCCCUGGAGAGGCCUGAGGAGCCCUUCCCUUUCUGCUGCUGCCUCUCAUUCCAAAGGUAGCUAUCUAGAGCGGGUUCUCUUGGAGAUUGUGGAAUCCGAGCGGAAGUACGUGCAGGAUUUACGAACCAUCAUAGAGAAUUACUUGGGGAACAUCAUAGACACUCAGGAGCUGUUGUUGCGGCCAGAACAAGUCAGCGCACUCUUUGGGAACAUUGAAGAUAUCUACGAGCUGAAUAGUGAAUUACUGCAAGAACUGGAUAGUUGCCAUAAUGAUCCUGUUGCCGUGGCGCAGUGUUUUGUACACAGGAGCCAAGACUUCAACAUCUAUACUCAAUACUGCAAUAACUAUCCAAACUCUGUGGCAGCUCUGACUGAAUGUAUGAGGAACAAACAACUGGCCAAAUUCUUUCGGGAGAGGCAGGAACAAAUCCGGCACUCCUUGCCCCUUGGCUCCUACCUUCUCAAGCCUGUCCAGCGCAUUCUCAAAUAUCAUCUGCUUUUGCAGGAGAUAGCAAAGCACUUUGACAGAGAAGGAGAUGGCUACGAAGUGGUGGAAGAGGCAAUUGCCACUAUGACUUGUGUAGCUUGGUAUAUCAAUGACAUGAAGCGGAAGCAUGAACAUGCCGUGCGGCUGCAGGAAAUCCAGUCUUUACUUAUCAACUGGAAGGGCCCAGACCUGACAACUUACGGUGAGCUAGUCCUAGAGGGCACAUUCCGGGUACAUCGUGUUAGGAAUGAGAGAACAUUCUUCCUUUUGGACAAGAUCUUGCUGAUAACUAAGAAACGCGGUGAUCACUACAUAUUCAAGAAUCACAUUCCAUGUUCGUCUUUGAUGCUGAUUGAGAGCACACGGGACUCACUUUGCUUCACUGUCACCCACUACAAGCAUAACAAGCAGCAGUAUAACAUUCAGGCCAAAUCAGGGGACGAGAAGCGGGUUUGGACUCACCACCUCAAGCGCCUGAUCUUAGAAAAUCACCAUGCCAUAAUCCCUCAGAAAGCCAAAGAAGCCAUCUUGGAAAUGGACUCGUUCUAUCCUCCUCACUUCAAAUACAGUCCUGAGCAUUUGAAGUCCUUAUCAUGCCAACAGCCUGAAGACAUCCUUAAACGGAAUCGGUCUGGACGUCGACAAUCAGAGCCAACAAAACAGAUCCUCAAGCAACUGAGUGACAAAGUAGGAUUAAAGCAUGCAGAUAGUGAUGGAGCCCUUCUGGAGUUUGGGGAACCCCCACAAAUCCCCAACAGCUUAUCCCAAGAGGAGGAUCAGCAGCCCCUUCCCCAGGAAUCUUCUGAAGAGCUGGCUGAAAGUGAUGGCAGUGAGAAGGAGACAGGGCUCGAGGAAGAGAAUGGAGCUGAGGAGGAGGAAGAGGAAGAAGAAGAAGAGGAGGAAGAGGAAGAAGAAGAAGAGGAGGAGGAGGACAGGCUGGUAGGAAUGGAGCAGGUGUCAGACUUUGCAAGCUCCUUGAUGGCAGUCCUCCAUUGCUGGCACUAUCGGGCCAAUACUUUGCUUUUCUCCUGGGGCAGCACGGGCAAGGGCCACAAGACACAGGAAGGACCCAAACAAGAACACUCUUCUAGCAUUAGAGAGAGGAUUGUGGAGAUUGUGUCAUCUGUGCCAAAGGUUCGAUCGCCUAUUGAGCUUGACAAAGUGUUAGACAUUCCUUCACGUAGGGAAGAAUGUCUACAAGAGAGCCCUCAGCAUCCAGAUCUAGAUCACCAUGGGCUCCUGGAUCAAAGUUCAAAUAUCAUGGAGUCUGCUGAAAAUGUGGAAGAACUGAAGCCUUUGAGCAGUGAGGAGGAAGAGGAGGAGGAAGAUGGUCAUGCACCGCAGUCCAGCAGCAUCCUCCCCUUUUCUGUGCUAGAUCAGGCCAGUAUCAUUGCAGAGCGCUUUGCCAGCAGCCUUUCCCGUCGCAAUAGUUUGGUCCUCGAGGAAGAGAAGGGCUACCUCACACCAAAGAUGGCCAGCCGGAGCAGCAGCAUUCUGAGCUUGGAAGGGGGAGAGAAGGCUGUGUGUUACAACAAUGGCUGCACUACUGUGGACUCCCAGUGUUGCAGCAUCCUGCCAGAGCCCUCUGCUGAACCUUGCAACGGUGCUUCUAAUGGUGCAGUGCGGCCUGGUCUGCUUGAGCCUGACCAUUCUUCUUGUCGACGGAAGGAAUCAAUGCUGUCCCACCAGGACCGGCUGCUGCUGGACAAGAUCAAGAGUUACUAUGAUUAUGCUGAGCACCAGGAUGCUAACUUCAGUGUCAGACGGAGGGAGAGCCUGUCCUUCAUUCCCAAAGGGCUGGUGAGAAAUUCUGUUUUUCGGAUAAACAGUCUUCCCCAGCCAGAGCCUGGGCAGGAGAUGCUGAAGAGGAAGAGACCUCCCCCCUUGGACAGUAGUGUAGCAGGCAAGGCAGUAUCCUUGAUGCUUUCAAAUAGGUCUGGUGCUACACUCCCGUCUCCCCAUUUGGAGACAACCAGUGAGGAGAAUCCAAUGCCUAUCACUGAAGCAGAGUUCAGGUCGCCUAAUGAGAUGAUUAAACUCUGGGACGAAAUGGAGCAACCAAAGAGCAAGCACUGGAACAAGAAGACAGAAGACUGUAGGGAGCGCAAAACAAAUGGGAGUCUGGGCCAGACUGAGUCUUAUUUGAAAGACAGGCUCGGAAAUCAGGAGAAUGGCUUUGACUUUCAUGAACCACUUCUUAUACUGGAGGAUGACGAUCUUGGGGACAUAGUAGAGGAGGAGCCAGCGGUGUCCCCUCCUGCGGACAAGGCUCCUGUGGAGCAGACCGUGCCAUCCAGAUUACCCUGGAAAGCAGCAGAAGAGUUAGAGAGCUGUGAUCAAGAUCAGAGUUUCUCUCAGAUGCCCCCUCACAUAAUGCGGCUGGCUCAUCUCACUGAGGCUGAGCUGACAGAGAAGGUGAGGAACAAAGUCUACCAGUUGGCCCGCCAAUACAGCCUCCGGAUUAAGAACCAGAAACCACCCAUGCGCAGGCGACUUGCUGAAGUAGAGGAGGAGAUGCAGAGAAACACGUCAACUGGCCAACAGGGAGUGGUUAAGAGAGACAAAGGCCAAAAGAAGUCUACCUUGUGUCUCCCCAACUAUGAACAAAUUGUGCUUCAGGAGGCUGGCUCACUGGGCCUUCUUUCCACUUCCUCAACAUGUCAGAAGUCACCUAAGCGCUUCUCUUCCAGUAACAGCUCCAUCAGCCUAUCUUCCCCCACCAGCUCCUGCACCUUCUCUCACAGUCCCCUCAGCCCCAUCAUGACCGAGAAAUUCGACUGGCCCGACGUGCGGGAGCUGAGGUCCAGGUAUUCCUGUCAGGUGACGAUUGAGAAAUGCAGACCCCCGCUAGUCAACAGAAGUUGCUCAGCACCUGAGAAAAUGGUAGAUGAUGUUAAGAUGCAGGCAGGAUUCCAGUGUUCAAAGGGGAUUGCAAAAACAGACGUAAGAAGCCAGCAAUGGGACAAACAGAGCUGCAGGAGAAAGUCCUCUCUUGAUUCCAUCCCCAAGGAACUUGUUUGCGAUACUCCAAAGGAAUUGUGUGUCACAGCAAAGGCAUCACUGGAGAACAACCGGCACGUGAUUGUGAUAGAGAAGUUGCCCGAAGGGACUAAUAAAGCUAAAGCCGAUGAAAGAGAACCACAGAUUCUCUCCUCUUCAGACCAAGAGAAGCUUUCUCUCAAAGAGUUGGUGGAGCGGUACAAGUCGUAUCAAGACUCAGAAGAACAUCAAAGACAUGAGGGUGAUGUUCAGGAAGCAUGGUGGGAGAAAACCGGCAGUCAAAACAACCUGGUAAAAAACUUGAGAGAGAAAUUUCAGACCCUUAAUUCCACCAGCUGAACACCACAUCUCUUGUUCCUGUGCCAUUGAGUUCUCAAAUCUCCAUCUCUUCUUGGAUUACUACUCAGAACCUUCUUUGCCUGUUCCACCUCAUGCUUGAAAUUUCUGGGAAGUUGCAACUGCCUCAAACUGAGGAUUUUUUUUUUUAAGAUGCUCUCUUUAAAGGUCUGUGAACUUGAACAUGGAUCUGACAUGCCACUGACACUGCACCAGGCAGCAUUAUUGGGCAGAACUCUUAAUACAUUCAGAAAAAUCAGGGAGCUUCCAGUCAAAGCAGAAACAAUACAGAUCAAUCAUCAUACAGAACAUGUUCCUCCCUUCAGGAGUUGGUGUAUUUGGAAAUUUUUGCUUUACGAAGCCAGAGCAAGAUGUACAUUGCUCCAUCUCCUAGGAAAAUAAGUUAUUAUUCUUUUUUUUUAAAGAAUGUAAUGUUACUAUGGCUUUGGUUAAUUCCAGGACUCUCAGCUUAGGAACACCCGACCUAUUACUGUUAAUGUACAUAUUUGAAUCUAUAUGCAUUGUGCAAUAACCACUUUUGACCUGCGAAUACAGCUUUGACCUCUUCACUGUUGGGGGAGGGAUAUAAUUGGGGAAAUUGCAAUAACUGAUUUUUGUACCACAUUUCCUAUGCACAAAAAAAUGCUACAAAGCUGAUUGGCAACUCUUGAAGUCACUGAUCUCUCUCCAAAAUGAGCAGUACCAAGGACUGACACUGGUCUAUUAAUCCAUUGGGGUUCUAAGCCAUUUCAAGUCGCAUUACUUCAUUCUAGCCCAUCUUCUUAGUAUAAUUUGUCUUGCAUUAAAAUACCUUUUGAGCAAAGAAAUCCUAUGGAGUAAAAAGUUUUCUUCCUAUUCCAACAUGGAGGAAAUAAACUAUUCCAGGUCAGAGAUAUUUUCUUUCUAUUUCCAAGGCAGGUUGACAGUUUACAUCUUACGGAUCCAUAGCCUCUGUCAGAACACCAACUUUCUGUCUCUGUCAUUGGAGCAUUGUCGUUUGAGAACCAGUGGUUGUGAAUCUCUUGCAACCUGAUGGUAGAAACAAGAUCUCUUUCUUUCUUGAAGCACAGAGUUCUCUGCCCUUUCAAAUCUAACCAGUCUGGUAGCCUUUGGAGUGCUCUUCCCAGUAUGAGAAGAAUCUAAAGUGCAGUUAUAUUACUUCGGCGAAGCAUAAAUGCCUCCUGAGAAGUAGUUGCAUGUGGAAUUGAUGCCAACUGUGAAGCACUGUAGCCUGAGUUGAUGAAACCACCAAAGCUUCUGAAGGGGAUAACAUGAUCCUGAGUGUUGUGUUGGUGGAUUUUAUAUCACCUGUAGAAAACCCCCAAUGAAUCUUUGCACUGGAAGCAUUUCUUCAUCACAGAAAGCACUAAGACAUUAAUGUGUAUCAUAAAACACCACCACUUAGUAAGGUAUGUUAGCACCCUUUCCUUUGUAUUGAGAUAAUGGAUCAUUUAAGCAUACUGGUCUCAUCGUGGGAAUUUAGGAAGAUAAAUUACACACAUACACGCACACACAAAAACCCCAAAAAUCACAGAGCCAGGAAAAGCUUAUUGGUUCAUUUAUUAGAAAAAAAAAAGUUAAAUUGCUUCUGAAGCACAUUCUGAAGCUUUAGCUCUUUUCUCUGGACAGUGGAAGCACAUUGGAAGCAGGCAGAACGUGAUGCCUAGCUGUGAAAAGAGGAUUAACUCCAGCCCCCAGAUCUUGUAGGAGAGGCCUUUGGCUACUUCAGCUAUUGGCACUCUGAAGUAUAUGUAUUUUGGGCCUGGUCACAUGACAUUCCCUUCUCACAUGUGCUGACUUGCAUAAGUGGGAUUGUGAAAAGCAGUUGAACAAAGAGGGAAAAGCCCAGAUAAGAUAAGGCUGCCAAUCACCAGGCAGGAAAUGGAUCCUAUGGGAUAACGCCAAUGCUUUUGGUCUGUUAAUAGGUAAGAGCCUCUUGCUGUGAGUCACAGCCAACUCUACCCGAUGCCUACAAGCUGAGAAAUUCGUAAUGGGUUUAGAAGCCCAGUUCAUGACAGAUUAAACAAACAGGAUGGAAGAAAAUGCACGUAAGGAAUACAGCCGCUUUCUAUAAGCAGGUAGUACAGUGCAGGGUGGUGGUCCUCAUAAAGCGGGAAUAGCCUCAAAGAGUAUCUUAGUCAUGUUUUUAUUUCAGUUAUCUGAAAAUGGGCAGUGCACUACAAUUUUAAACUCAGGAGUGACAGGUGAAAAUAUCCUCCAAGAAAGCGAUGAUGAUGGCACUUCUCUCUUGCUGUACAUGUUCCCUCUGAGUGCUAAAAUGUACAAGUGAAAUGCAUUUAAGCAAAAUGUUCAAUAAAAUCUCUUUUGGUGA